UUGAAAAACUGUCAGAAAAGCAUCUUGUACCGGCUGUUAUUUUUUGUUUUUAUUUAAAUUUUCUCUAUUAUAAACGAAACGAUUCCAUUCCAGUGUUAAUAAAAUCAUAGUAUUCCAGUGUUUAACUAAAUGUUGUGUUUUACGUGAACCAAUUUAGCAGCGGUCCUUUUCACUAGGUUAAUAUCAACAUAACCUCAAAAUGGAUUCGGACUUCAGCAAGCUAUUGCAGCAGGCUGAGCAGCUCACCACGGAGAUCGAGGGCAAUGAGGAGCUGCCCCGAGUGGAGCGAUCGCUCGGGCAGGUGCUCGAGGCCUCCCAGGAGCUGUACUCGCGGGUGGUGCAGUCUGGAGCCAAUGACAUCCAAGCCCAUUUGCUCCUGGGGUCAAAAGGAAUAGACUUACAAAAGAUAUCACAGAAACUUGAAACUCUAAGUUCUAAAAGGACAUUUGAACCACUUCAGCCUAUUGCAGACUCAGACAUUGAAAGUUUCUUAAAGAAUGAAAGAGAGAAUGCUAUUCUAUCACUGAUUGAUGAAGUAAACAAAAAUUCCCUUCAAACCACAGAAGAUCAGAAAUGGGAACACAUGCUGUCAGAGUGGAAUAAUGAGAAAAUCAAGUUAAUGAAUGCUAUGAUUGGGCCUUCACAAAACUGGUUGGACCUGAAGCGUAUUCCGGAAACUCCUAGCAUGGCCGACACUCCUAAGAAGUUUGGCCGCUCUAUGCUGGAUGGUACAGAGUCAGCAUAUGCUAAACAAGUGCACCAGUAUAACAAGUUAGUCUUCCAAGGAGCAAAGUCAAGGACAGCACUUCACCAGAAGUUUGCCCAGGUGGCUGAUGAACUGAAUGAUCCUAAAGUGAAAGAAAUGUGGGAGAUAGUAAAAACAAUGGCCAACAUACCAGCUUUGGCCCGUGAUGAGGAUCCACUGAAGGCGAGAGGAAACCCAACCAUCCAACAGUGUCUGAUAGCUCAGGGAAAAUCGUAUUUGGAAAAGAGAUACAAACAGUACAUGGGCGACGUGGUCCGCGCUAACCCUGCGGCGGCGAUGCGCGGCGGGGAGCCCGGCACCUACCCGCUAGUGCGCGGCUUCGUGGGCCUCCGCCUGCAGGGGCAGAACGUGCAAGGGUUAACUGAUGGAGUGAUAGACGAGCGCCCGCUCUGGCCCAUGGUGUACUACUGUCUGAGGAGUGGGGACGCUAAUGCGGCGCUGCACUGCUUGCGGAAGGCUGGACGUGACCACGAGGAGUUCAUAUCAGCCCUGGAGGAGCACAUCCGCUGCCCGGAGAAGCCGCUGAGCGACAAACUGCAGACGGCGGUCAACUUCCAGUACCGGAUCCAAGUGCGCAACUCCACUGACCCCUACAAGAGAGCUGUGUACUGCGUGGUGGGGUGCUGCGACGCGGGCGAGGAACACGGGGAGGUGGCUCGCUCGGCCGACGACUACCUGUGGCUGAAGCUGUCCGUCAUCAAGGCAAGAGGAGGGGAGACCAGCGAGUUCUCGUACUCGGACCUGCAGAAGAUGAUACUGGAGGAGUAUGGUGAAACACACUACCAUGCCUACGAGAAGCCGUUGGUAUAUUUCCAAGUAUUAACGCUCACUGGACAGUUCGAGCCAGCCAUCGAGUUCUUGUCCAGAAUCCCGAGAUAUCAAGUCCAUGGCGUCCACAUGGCGUUAGCACUUCACGAUGUCUACAUGCUGGGCACCCCGCGCAACGUACAAGCACCUUUACUGUCAGUGGACACGGAGGACCCGGCGCCGCUGCGCCGCCUCAACCUGGCGCGCCUGCUGCUGCUCUACGUCAGGAAGUUCGAGCUGACAGACCCGUCCGAUGCUCUGCAUUACUACUUCUUCUUGAGAAACCUGAAAGACCCUAGCGGCAAGAACCUCUUCAUGUGUUGCUGCACGGACCUGGCUCUCGAAAGCCGAGACUACGAGCUUCUCUUCGGCCGCAUGGACGCGGGCUCCGGGCUCCGCAGCCAGGGCUUGCUGGACCAGUUCAACAACCCGCAUAUAGAUAGUCAAGUGAUUGCGCUGAAUGUCGCGGAACAGCUGGUGAAUAAGGGGCUGUUUGAGGAUGCUAUCACUAUGUAUGAUAUUGCUGGGAACCUAGACAAAGUGCUCGAACUCUUCUGCACGCUGCUAGCACAAGUGGUGCACGCCAGCGGAGGCGGCGGGCUGCGGCAGCGGCUGUCCUCACUAGCACAGCACGUGUCGCGCCGCCUGCGCUGCGACGCCGCCGCGCUGCCGGCCACGAAGGUCGAUGCGUAUAACAAGCUGUGCAAGCUGAUGACCUUCUUCGAUCAGUUCCAUGCGGAUAAUUAUGAUGCCGCUUUGGAGACGCUCCGCGAAUGCUCGCUCGUCCCGCUCUCGCCCUCUGAGCUGGACAACUGCGUGUCGGGCGCGCGCUCCGCCCGCGGGGAGUUACUGCGGACACUACCAGCUGUGUUGCGAGCCGUGUGCACCAUACUGCUGGCGCAGAGGCAGCGGCUGCGGGCUAAUGCUGACCCGCGCGCGCCGCAGGGCAGUAGCAAGCAAGUCGAAUGGCUGCGCGAGCAAGCAGAAGUCCUCAAUACGUUCGCGGGUAACAUCGCGUACAGGAUGCCCGGAGACACGUACAGCCAGCUCGCGCAGAUGCAGAUCCUCAUGCACUAGACUGUACCAGGUGUUGUUAAGAACUUAGUGUUAAGGUAGGCAAUAAAGUAUUUUUAUUUAAUGUCA